GCGAUACUUUUUGAACAGACCUAGUAAUCUUGCAAUAAUUUGGAUAUAUUAACUUUGUACUAGAGGCCUAAAUGUAAAAGUUUGAAUAAUUUUUUAACAAUAUUAUUAAACAGUGCGUCAAAAGGAUGGAUCUUGAAAGCCAAUUUACUCAAUUUUGAAAGUGUUAGUUUCACGUAAGAGUAAGAAUCGACCGCUUUGAAGAACUUUAUUAGAACACCCUGUAGCUGGUGCAUAUGAAAAUUGAAAAUUAUAAAAUUAGCAACAAUUAACCAUUUAUGUAUAUUUAAUUAAGCAUCACAUAUAUAACAAACAUGAUAAAUAAUUGUUAUCAGCGUUUUAGACACGCCAUUUAUUUGUUUCGACCACGUUACCGAUAAAACCCAAAUAACUAACUUCUUACCAUCAGUAGCACGUACAAAAAAUUUGAAUAGGCACAAAUACUUUACAUCUACACGUUAGGUAUGCGACGACGUUAUUUUGUUUUACUGAUUGGGUCAACAAGUGCAAUAUUGUUUCUUCUAACCACAGUCAAUCAAAACGGUAAAAAUUACGAUGGUGAAAGUAGAAGUUCAAUUAGUGUAAGCGAAAAAAUCGAAGUGUAUAGUUCAAUUGACAAUUUAAUUGACUGUAGCGACAAAAAAUUGGAUUUUUUCAUUGAGCAGCGUGGUGAAUUUUUCAUAUUUUACAAUUACGUUGUGGCAAAAAGGCAGUUUAGAUGCCAUGAAGCUGUCACAUAUACAACACAAGGGGAUGUUACAUUUCUGGACAACCUGAUACCGCUCGUAGAAAGAUGGAACGGUCCCAUCAGUGUGUCUAUUUACUCUCCCGGAGACGAUUUUAAAUUGGUCAUUGACAGCGUAGCGUAUCUCCGAAACUGUGGCAAAAGUUCGAUUAAGAUUAAGGAAUUAGUAAGCUUUCAUCUAUUCUUCGAAGCGAAGUUCACCACAAAGGUAUUCAACGAAUCUUUAGCAAACAACACCAAAAUCUACAAGGACGAAGUCAACUGUAGCAAAAACCCACCGUACUCCACUGUUAAGCAUAAGGAUUUGUUUAAAACCAAGAACAAUCUGUUGUACCCUAUAAAUUUAGCAAGAAAUUCAGCCAGGACUGCAGCCCAGACAUAUUUCGUAUUAGCGUCCGACAUGGAAUUGUAUCCUACUCCAAAUUUUAGUUCAAAAUUUAUAGAAAUGGUUUCUAAAAAUGAACAGCUGGUUACAGGAAAACAAAGACAAGUAUUUGUUCUGCCAAUUUUCGAGGUAACAAAAGAUUCAUCUAUUCCUGAAAACAAAACCGUUUUGAAAGGCAUGAUCAACACAAAGCAGGCGUUCAUAUUCCACGAGAAAUUAUGCAGGUAUUGCCACAUUGUUCCUGGUUAUAAUGAGUGGAUAAAAGAUAACGGAUCGUCCGAUUUAAAUGUCUUUACAAUAGCAAAGAGAAACAAGAAGUAUAGAUUUUGGGAACCGUUUUUUGUAGGAACGAACAAAGAUCCUCUGUUUGAUGAAAGAUUGACUUGGGAAGGUCAAAGCAACAAAAUGACACAGAAUUACAUUCAGUGCGUUUUGGACUACGAUUAUUUGAUCCUUAACAAUGCAUUCCUUGUUCAUCGUCCUGGCAUCAAGAAAGCAAAAGAACAAUUGAAACAAUUUAUCGGACAAAUUAUAAAAACCAACAAAUUUCUUAAGAACGAAAUAAAACACGAGCUGACCCUUCUAUACGGAAAUAGAACUGGAUGUGAACUUUGACCUUAUGUAACAAAUUAAUCUAUUGAUUGAUUGAUACAAAUGAAUGAUCGGCAAAAUAAGUGAACGGUUUGCAAACCUAUCGAGAAAGAAGAUGAUGCGCAAGUUAAAAAAAGAAUGAGAUUUGAAGUUUCUUUGAUGAUUGAAAACGAUCUAUAAAGCACCUGUUUCAAUUUUGUAUUACACACAAUAAAUAAUAAA